AUGACUUCCCGAGCGCCCGUCUCUGGCAUGGAGACCGACCCCGGAGCCUACAACGGCACCCCCGUGGCGCUCAACCUGUCCCGCGCGCUGGCCGGCAGGGCGCUGGCCAACCAGACAGGCGAGCUGGCGGCGCACCCGCACCCGCAGUACGCCGUCGGGCUCUUCCUCUCCUGCCUCUACACCGUCUUCCUCUUCCCCAUCGGCUUCGUGGGGAACAUCCUGAUCCUGGUGGUGAACCUCAGCUCCCGGGAGAGGAUGAGCAUCCCCGACCUGUACUUCAUCAACCUGGCGGCGGCCGACCUCAUCCUGGUGGCCGACUCGCUGAUCGAGGUGUUCAACCUGGACGAGCAGUACUACGACAUCGCCGUGCUCUGCACCUUCAUGUCCCUCUUCCUGCAGAUCAACAUGUACAGCAGCAUCUUCUUCCUCACCUGGAUGAGCUUCGACCGCUACCUCGCCCUGGCCCAGGCCAUGCGCUGCGGCCUGUUCCGCACCAAGCACCACGCCCGGCUCAGCUGCGGCCUCAUCUGGAUGGCCUCGGUCUCCGCCACGCUGGUGCCCUUCACCGCGGCGCACCUGCAGCACUCGGGGGACGUCUGCUUCUGCUUCGCAGACGUCAAGGAGAUCCAGUGGCUGGAGGUCACCUUGGGCUUCAUCAUCCCCUUCGCCAUCAUCGGCCUCUGCUACUCGCUCAUCGCCCGGGUCCUCAUCAAGGCCCACAGGCGCCGGGGCCUGCGCCCGCGCCGGCAGAAGGCGCUCCGGAUGAUCUUGGCCGUGGUCCUCGUCUUCUUCAUCUGCUGGCUGCCCGAGAACGUGUUCAUCAGCGUGCACCUCCUGCAGCAGGCGCAGCCAGGCGCCGAGCCCUGCCAACAGUCUUUCCGCCAUGCCUACCCGCUAACCGGCCACAUUGUCAACCUCGCAGCUUUCUCCAACAGCUGCCUGAACCCCCUCAUCUACAGCUUCCUGGGGGAGACCUUCAGAGACAAACUGCGGCUGUAUCUGGAGCAGAGAACAAGCGUGUCGGCCCUGAAUCGCUUCUGCCACGCGGCCCUGAAGGCCGUCCUUCCGGACGCCGAGCAGCCAGAGGUGCGGUUCAGCAGCGUGGCGUGA